GCCUCGCGCCCGACGCCCCCCGAACGCUGAAGGGGGGGGGGAGAGAGCGGUUGACACGUGACGCGUGUUUACAUGCACUCAGCUGUUCGUGCCGCGCGCGGCGCUCACGGGGACGAGCAGUAGCAAUAGCAGAAGCGGCAGCGCUCUUUAAAAACAAAAUGCAUGCGCGCGCCUGCGUCUUGUAAAUCCGGCGCACGAGCGCGGUGAAGCGGACCGAACCGAGGUGGGGGUUACUGCUGCGGUGGAGAGCGACUCCAGUCGCUCCUUUUCCUAGAUGAGCUGCGCUUGUGAUGAUCUGAUCUGACUCUGAGAAACUUCCUUUGCAUCUCAGCCACUCCUCCCCCGAACCCCCUGCCCAUGCAUUGAGGAGCAGUCAUCGAACAGUACACAGCGUGCACACCAAAGAUCUCCACCAGCCAUGGGGGGUGCUGUGAGCGCUGGCGAGGACAAUGACGACCUGAUCGACAACCUGAAAGAGGCGCAGUACAUUCGUACAGAGAAGGUGGAGCAGGCCUUCCGUGCCAUCGAUCGCGGAGACUACUACCUGGAGGGAUACAGGGACAAUGCCUACAAGGACCUGGCCUGGAAGCAUGGGAACAUACACCUGUCGGCACCCUGCAUUUACUCUGAGGUCAUGGAAGCUCUGAAGCUGCAGCAAGGACUCUCCUUCCUUAACCUAGGAAGUGGAACAGGGUAUCUGAGCACAAUGGUGGGCCUGAUCAUAGGUCCCUUUGGUGUGAAUCAUGGGGUAGAGCUGCACUCGGACGUGGUGGAGUACGCUAGAGAGAAGCUGGAGGACUUCAUUAAAAACAGCGACAGCUUCGAUAAGUUUGAGUUUUGUGAGCCGAACUUUGUGGUGGGGAACUGCUUGGAGAUCUCAUCCGACAGCCACCAGUACGAUCGUAUCUACUGCGGGGCAGGAGUGCAGAAGGAUCACGAAAACUACAUGAAAAUCCUACUCAAGGUCGGAGGCAUCCUUGUCAUGCCAAUCGAGGAUCAGCUGACGCAGAUCACUAGGACCGGCCAGAGCACGUGGGAGAGCAAGAAUAUCCUGGCUGUGUCUUUCGCACCCCUCGUACAGCAGAGUCGGACAGAUGGGAGCAAACCUAUCAAACUGCCCCCGAUUUCUGUGAGGACUCUCCAGGACCUUUCGCGGAUCUACAUCCGACGCACGCUGCGCACGCUGGUUGAGGAGGAGACACAGGGCCACAGCACUCCUCCGCGGGUGCAGCCAAAGCGCAAGCGCCGGCGCUACCGCCGCCGCCGCAUCAACACCUAUGUUUUCGUCGGCAACCAGCUGAUGCCCCAGCCUGCGGAGAGCGAGGAGGAUGAGCGCAUCGACGAAGAUGGCCGGGAGGAGGAGGAGAAGGACUGCGGUGAGCCGCUCAAGCAGGACGGGCACGAGCCGCAGCAGAACCUGCUGAGGAGCAAGAUUCUGACGUUGCCGCUGCCCGAGUCACUGAAGGCCUACCUGUUGUACUACCGAGAGAAAUGACGCUGCUCUCAGAGGCCGUAACGCACAUGCUUAGACUUUUUCUUUCUCCUUACUGCUUUCUUGAGAUGUAGCAUUGUUUUGAUUGAUUGAUCGAUCGAUCGAUUGGUGAACCUGCUUUGAAACAUGAGGCUGCCCAGCUGUCCUCACCAGUACUGUGCAGCACAUCACAACCUUGUGUUCUGAUUCCUUUUGUUGCAUUUCUUACUGAUGAAUCUAAAUGUACAAAAAACGCUUUCCAGAAACUAAGUAUGAGAGUGUAUUACUUGUGCAUUGUUUGCAUUGAAGGAAGAAAGCAGGUAAAACACACAUAUUCUGAUCUUCAGAUACACAAGUGAAAGCAAACGAGCCUUGGAUGUACAAGAAAUCUUAAAUUUGUAUACCUUUUAUGUUCUCUAAACAUUUAUUUAAAUCCUCCCUUUCUUGUGAGGAAGAAUGACAAAGGAAAAAAAAAGAUACUGUAUUUAGCCAUUUUUAUUAUUUUCUAAAAUACUCUUUAUUUUCUAUUAGAGGUUAUUAAGGCCUUGUGUAAAAUACCUUUAGAUUGUGGGUGUGUUUUUUUCUUCUGUUUCCAGAUGCACUUUUAUUCAAUUUAACUCUUGUAGAACAGAGAUCAGUCUGCAGAAAAUGUGAGUUAACGAACAAAUUUUUGUAUCAUGAAAAGAUUUGUCGGGUAACGUGGCGAUUGCAUAGCGGUUGCGGGACCUCCACUGAUUCCAGCUGGACUUUGCUCCCACACCAGGCGAUUGCUAAAGAGACCUUUGCUGGUUGGCAGGUUCAGGAAGGACGGUACCUGGGAUGUGUGACUGAAAUCUCUCUUUGCGUUCAGGCAAAGAGGUGUCCUUCUUUUGACCAAGGCCGUGGUGAGCAUAACAAACAGACUUGACGCUUUUACGUUCCUUAAGUGCUUUGAAAAGGUGGCAUGCGAGUGAUUCCUGAUCAUGUGCUUUUUAACGUUUAAAGUUUUAAAAGAAAGAAAGAAAAAAAAAAAAAAUUUACAUGGUGAAGGGAUGCCACUCAUUCACAACCAGCAUAUUAUUGCGUGAUCAUCGCUCCAGGUGUGUGUGUGUGUGUGUGUGUGUGUGUGUGUGUGUGUGUGUGUGUGUGUGUGUGUACACACGCACAAAGCGUUACCCUGCUGUCUUCAGUGGUCAUGUGACGUGAUCAGGGUGAGAGUUACAGACAUUUGCAGUGAUCUAGGGGUGUUUUGGGUUUUCACCUUGGGUUUAGCUUUCUUUCCUGUAGCAAUCAUGGUAACAUACAGGACCCCCCUUUGCAGCAGAGGAUCAGUGGAUCUCUGAGGUGUGCUCUCCCUCGAGAGAGAGAGAGCUGAAGAUGUCAAGCUAUUUAAUUUUAUGCUGAUGCUAAUUAAGACAUUUAAUAUUUUGAUGUGAAACUGAUGGGUGGUCCUUUUGAAGGUCAGGCUAUUUAAUGUUUGUGGCUUGCACAGUUUUUCCCCCUCCAUUUUUAUGAAACUCAAUUUUAGAGGCACUUCCCAGAGUUUUAUGAGUACCCUCUCAGAAGCUGAUCAGCCGAGCAUGUUAUGCAAAAACCAGGAAUUGGCCGAAAGAACUUGCUUUUGAAAAUUAUAAGCCACAAGUCAUUCUUUUCUUAACUUUUAGCCAAAGGGAAGUAGUCUUCAGCUCAUGUUAAGAUGACAGAUAUUUGAACUCGUGGUGAGCGAAGCCAUAUUCUACUCCCUGCUGAGCGAACCUGGAGCGGAUUGCGGCUCUUGUGUGCUUGACACCUUUACCUGGGAAACAUUCUCGAUUAUCUGCAGCGUUUGAUGCGUUUCAGAAUAUGCCAUUAGUGGACUGCAGUAUCUAAAUUUUUAGUUUAGAAAUCAAAAUGCAGCCUUUGUUGCGCUCUGGGUUGAUUUAUUGCAUUGAGGGUUUUGUUAAUAAUCCGCAACAAAAUGAGUACGUACUUGUUUGUUUUGGGGCCAAGUGCUGGAGAUGUCAAGUUACAGGAAGGACCCUGUUACUCUGAAGGGGCCAAAGGGCGCAGCUCUUGACUAGAGACCUGCUGAAGUCAGUGACCCAAAACUGUAUUUUUCUUCAUAUCGCAUAAAUAGACAUUUGAUUCUCUUAUCUCCCUGUAUAUAAAAUAUUGUCAGUGGAAUUUAGUUACUGUAAUACAGCACCAGGUAUAUCAUUUAAUUUGGACCGUGUUAAAUUAUGGAAAUAAGUUAAUUGGUGGCUUCCGUUAUUGAAGUUGUGUUUUAAGCAUGAUUUAUUUUUCCAGUGUCUUGCAUGAAAGUUGUCGUAGGGUUAUUUCUCGGUGGACACGACAUGUUGGCUGUGAUGCGAGGCACUCGCAGUUUGCGGACGUGAACUGGAAGCGAAAGACUCCAAAGGCACAGUUGUCUAAAAUGUUUUCUAAACUUUCCUCCUUACAGUAUGACUUAAUGACAUGCAAAAUUGUUUUUUGUCGUCUUUAACAGGCUGUUUACGUGGUUAAUCUGUUCUUAUUCAUCGAUUGCGGUAUUCAGUUCUUUGGUUUUGCCACUUUUAGCUGAGUUUGUCAGUCAGAUUUGAGCUGAAGGAAAUGAUUAGUUUCCAUGUAAAACAAUUUGACACCAGACAUCCUAAAGCUGCAGUAUUUCUCAAUAUCACUGAGGAAGUGGUGAUGUUAAGGGCUAUUUUUUUCUUUUUUUUUUUUCUUUUUUUUGCUCCUCAGUCAUGGUGUCGAUCGGUGCGACGGGAUGGCGGCUCUUCUGGCUCUUCUCUCCUGACAGUUUGGCCCUUUUGUUGGAUGUGCUGUCACUUGAACCCUGUUCACUUUCCCUGUAAUGAUAGUUCCAGGUUUAAUGCUUGCUCCUCCUGCUUUGCACAUGAUUGCAGUUUCCCGUUAUUUACCCGUUAUUUAUUGUUUCUGGUUUGUUCUUGUACUGUAGUUCUGUGCAGAUCACCACCGUAGUGGACUUGUAUCCUGGGACUUUGUCAAUUAAUAAACUUUGUCAAAUAAUUAGGUUUUCCUCUCCCCUAGUUUUUAAGUGUUUUUUUUUUUUUUUCUUUUUUCCCCCUUGUUGCUCCAGUAAAGGAUUUCUCACACAAGAUUAUACAUUUCCACAAAAUUUGAUAGUGACAACCUCUUUUCUUUUUUUUAAUGUGUCUUGUACUGUUAUCUUAUUUGUCACGAUGGUUUUUGAAAUGAUAAAACUUGUACAUUACAAAAUCUUACAAUGAGAUGGAGAUUCCUUAUGGCUAACUUUAUAAAUAUCCAAUAAAAUAUCUUUUCUAAAUUCCAAUACCAGACCUCUGCCCUGCCGACCCCAAACUGCAUUUGAAUUGUGGAUCUGAUAUAAUCAUAAUCCAGGCUCUGCAGUACUAUAUAUAGAAAAUUAUUUGUGGUCUCAAGUAAAGCUAUAAAUUAUUGAAGUUUACACCUCUGUAGCGUUUGUACCGCUGCACCACCUGAUGCGGUUAAAGAUCUGACUCCUCAAGGCCACCAGAAGAUUCUUUAAACUUCUCAUCUGGUAUUCUCUAACUUUCAUUACUGGAACAGUGCCCUGCUGUAGGGCAGUGGUUAGAGCUACUGCCUUGCACUCAAAUGACCUGGGUUUGAAUCCCAGUGUAGUACGAAAAAUUAGGCAGUUUGCACAGAAGUGUCAGUGAUUCGGUAAAUAGAACUGUUCACAAGGACAUGGCGAAAAGGACGGUUCCUUUACUACAUCACCCCUUUCCCCAAUAUUUCCAUCACUGAAUGCUGAAAAUAUACCUGAGUAUUUUUUCAUCAUGUUCAUGUUUAAAGAUUCAGCCUAAAUGACACCUGAUGUCUGAAAUUACAUGUAUUUGACCAGAUGUGGGCAAUGUGUGGAUAUGUACUGUGUGUACAUGAAAACAGGAGAAAUCUUGUAAACUUGUGGUGCGCUUUGCAACAGGUUUACUCGAUGCUUUGUGCGCUGUGGUGUCCAGAUGCUGUGGCCCCUCUGCUCCCGCACUGCAUCCCUGUGGAUCGCCAUGUGAACAUCUGAUGAGAUGAGAGCACGUUUCUUAUUUGUUGUAACCAUUUGGUAGCGAAACGCCAGCCGGCCCUGUGUGCCGUGACACGUCCGUGUGCGGGGGCCCGUCCCGUCCCGUCCCCUCCCACUGCGUCCUGUGUUUGCACUGUGGUUUGGAGCAAUCUGACCUGUUACGGCGUUUUUAAGAGGCUGCAUUCAGUAUUUGUGGCAAACCCAGGAAGAGCUCUCUGUGGGUGUAUGCGGUUUAAAACAAAGAGGGGAAAAAAAAAAAAAAUCUUACACAUAUCCAAUUAACUGUUGAUCAUGAGGCUGAGAAAGUGGUGAGUGUUUGCUGGUCUUUGGUAAACACAUUAUUAUGACUCCUUUUCAUUCAGAAACCCUGGAUUAAGUUGACAGUAUGAUGUAAUUUAUGUUCACUGCACUAAAAGAUUUCGUGCGUGUGUGUUCAUAACCAGGGUCAAAUACAGGUGAGUGGAGCAGGGAGAGCUGUGAUAUUUGGUGGUUCUUUACCGUGUUUUAACAUGUUCCGCUGGACUGUAAUGAAAAUUUAUGUAUAUCCACUUUCCAAAAAAAAAUUUAUAUUAACUAGGUGUUAAUAGCGCUGAUGCAUCUGAACACAUGGGUUGCGGGUUCAGGCACGGGUUUGAAUCCUGCUUUGUGUAUGAGAAGUUUGUGUAUUUUCCCUAGUUUUUCUGGGUUUCCUCCUACAGUGCAAAGACAUGUU